GGACCCAACAUCCUUGUUGGUUCCUUCCUAUAAUUAAGGAAAAUAAUAAAGAAGCUUUCUUUCGUUUCUUUUCUUGUCUAUAAAAUUUAGAAAAAGUCUUAUUUGCUUUUGCCUUCAAAUUUUUGGAUUUCCUAAAGAAAUCUUUGUGCAAUCAAGAAUUAAUGGAUCAGAUGUUCAACAAGGUUGGAUCCUACUGGUUAGGUCAGAAGGCGAACAAGCAGUUUGACUCUGUCGGCAAGGAUGUCACCUCGCUAUCAACGAGCAUCGAAGGAGGAACAAAAUGGUUGGUCAACAAAUUCAAAGGAACAAUGCAGAAGCCGUUGCCUGAGUUGCUAAAAGAAUAUGAUUUGCCGGUUGGCAUCUUCCCACGCGAUGCUACAAACUACGAGUUCGAUGAAGAGACAAAGAAACUGACGGUGCUGAUCCCAUCAGUCUGCGAAGUUGGUUACAAAGACUCAUCUGUCUUAAAAUUCAACACGACAGUAACGGGACGUCUCGAGAAAGGAAAGCUGGCUGACUUGGAAGGGAUGAAGACAAAAGUGAUGAUAUGGGUCAAAGUCACAAGCAUCUCUGCAGAUUCAUCAAAGGUCUCUUUCACUGCAGGUGUGAAGAAGAGCAGAAACCGAGAUGCUUAUGAGGUUCUAAGAGAUGGCGUCCGAGCCGAUAAAUUUUAAAUUACUCCAUAUAUCCUGAUCAGUCAGUAAUAUUUUCUUCUCUUUAUCGGAUUCUUCUUGCUCUUAUAUUUAUAUAUAUAAGAACCUGUGUAUUUUUAUGAGAGCACUUCUUGAAUGUGGACAUUGGCUGAAU